AGGAGAUAUCUCCUGUUUGUAAUACAUGUUCAAAGACGAGGAUGCAGUAUUCAGGUAUAGGUCGGCGAGUACUGAGCUAUACGUCCAAUGUGUACAAUGCAUGCAAGUGUACAUUACGUAAGAGUUCAGAUCAGGCCGCAUUCAGCAAGAAAGUGAUGAAUCGAUUCCCAGAAAAUAUAGUAUUCGCCUUUGCUUAUGGUUCAGGAAUUUCCCCACAAGAGGGAAGUGACAUAAAGGACAAUAUGAUUGAUCUGGUAUUCGCCGUGGAAGAUUCUCGUCGAUGGCAUUCUGAAAAUUUGAAGCGAAACCCUACAGAUUAUUCAGCAAUGAGGUUUCUUGGUCCCGCAGCGAUCACACAUCUCCAAACAAAAGUUGGAGCGUCUGUUUACUACAACACUCUGGUGCCUUUCGAAGAUCGUCUUAUAAAGUAUGGGGUUAUCGAGGCUGAUGAUUUAGCCAAGGAUCUAACCGAGUGGAAUACUCUCUAUUUAAGUGGUAGACUCCAUAAACCGAUCACGAUGUUGAAAGAGCCAAAUGCGGAUCUCAGGUCGCUGUAUUCACAGAACUUACUUUCGGCUGCUGAGAUGGCUCUGCUCCUCUUGCCGGAGAAAUUCAGGGAAUCUGAUUUUUUCGAAACUAUAGCUGCAUUUUCAUACACGGGCGACUUCCGUAUGACAUAUGGCGAGCACCCUCGCAAGAUUCAAAAUAUAGUCAAAGGUAAUUUGAACGGGUUCCGAACAAUGUACGCGCCGUCGAUCGAAGAUUUAGUCGAGCGUUGUGUUUUGUCUACGGCUAGCGAUGGCACUAUGUCACAAAGCAAAGACAUUGAAGUGUUGCAACGACUGUGUGAUGGUCUACCGUCCAAUUUACAAAGAGUCACCGUUUCGGGCAGCAGAGAUCGAGUAUACACGCCGCUCGAAAUUCAAAAAGGGAUGGCCAGGAUCGUCAAGUGGUCGAGUUUAAUUCAAAGUGCGAAGGGACUUCCCACGGCCGGUUUCUUCAAAUCGGCUGAGUACUUAGGCGCCAAGCUUAGGAAGUAUUACAAAGCUGACCAAAAGAAGAGCUGACCAAAAGAAGACUUCACAUGCCAGCGUUGGUUCGCUGCUAAGUGAGCUUCUACAAUUGCACUAAUGUCUGUGGGCGGACAUUGUUUUUCAUUGCCAGAAGCAAAAUUCUGUCUAUUUUAGAAGGCUACGAAAAUUCAGUGUUGUGGCACCACAGUCUGCACUAUAAUCCAGGCACAAUGGCCGGCAGAAUCCAACAAUCCAAUUUGCUCCUCCAAUGCGUUCUUGGACCGAGUGAAGUUUUUUGCAGUACCUGUAGCAAAUAUAAGUCGAGGGCCAACCGACCAGAACUUUCCAAUUACUCAGCACAUCUCAGAAGCUCAAGCUAAUGACCAACCCGGUAUGACAGCGAUAUGUGUUGCGGGAGUUUAGAAAUACAAACGUGUCACGAUCAAAUGGCUCGUCUAUCAAUAUAUUUAUCGCAGAAUGAAAUGGGGUACAUAUAUAAGUGUUCUCUUAGUGUUAUUAUAGCCUACGAAUGAAAGGCUAGGAAUAAAAGGAUUUAUGUUACCUACAUCACGUAAUUGGCCCGCGCUAUCGCAG